GGUAAAUCACCAUUUUUCACAGUUAUGCUGAUAUGGAGUUUGGUAAUAUUAUUACAUUUUAACGAAGAUUACGAAAUAAAUGAUUUAAUAUUCGAGAACGGUCGUCAUGAUUCGAUUUUCAGCGGGUAUUUUUUUGAUUGCUCAAGUAUUCGUUUUUAUGAAAGCUAAUCCACUAGUGGGUGAUCAUGUUUUUCCAGCGGAUCCUCGUGAAUUUCCUUUUAUUGCAUCAAUUAGACGGAAAUUUCCGGAGGAACAGUUGAACAGGAAGCAUAUUUGUACUGGAGCACUUAUUACGCAGAAACACAUUAUAACAGCUGCACAUUGUUGUCAUUUUAUACAAAUGCAUGAAAUCGACGUGAUCGUUGCUGAGGAAAAUUGGACAACGCCCAAUUUCAUUUAUGAAAUAGAUUCAUGGAUAACAUACAAUGCCUGGGCUCGAGCAACUGGAAAAACUAUAGAGUUUUUAUCCAACGAUGUCAUGAUUAUUAAGCUGUCAUCGCCGGUAAAUCGCGAAGUUAUAACCCCAAUCAACAUCACGAUUUGGAAUGAACAACAACUCCAUCGAACGAAUGCAUUCAUGUUUGGCUGGAAUAUCUCAAGUGUAAAUUCAGGCAAUAUUAUGUUAGUCAAAGGACAAGUGACAAUUUUAACUAACCGCGCGUACGAACAUCGAUUAAGAUUGAUGACAAAUGAACAUCAUGAAAUAACGAAAAAUUAUCUAGUUUCGUCUGCUGAUCCAUAUAUACUCUCAAGUUGUGGUGAUAGCGGUGCACCUCUUGUGGACAAAGACAAUGUGCUUUUAGGAAUUACACUGGGUACAUGUCCGACUGUGGGAUGGGGUAACUUCUCUCUCGAGUUUUAUAGACAAUAUAUUAUUAAUCUUCACGUGAAUGUCUAUUAUUAUAGGGAAUUCUUUGAAUAUGUGAUAACAUUGUUCGGAGAGUAAUAAAAUAUCAUCUAAUUUUUUCGUAUCAAUAUCGUAGAACUUUAAUUUAAAAAAUAUUAAAUAAAAAAGUUA